GUGAAGAGGAAGAGCCUGGUCACGUCUGAAGUCACCUGCUUUUGUGUGCAGUUAAACUAAUGUAGCGACAGUGUGUGCAAUAAACGGUGGCGGAGUAAUUGCUCUCGACAGAUAAAAACAGUGCUGCAUCUGUUCCUGUAAAAACAAUAUCUGCUUGGCGUACUGCAGUGGCAGAGUUUCAAUGGAGCCUAAACCUGUAGUAAAGGAGAAGUUUUUCAUCGUCCUACGCGGGAAGUCGAGGAAAGGCUUCUGCCGAGGAUGCAUCGGUCGUGUGGAGGCAGAGACGCAGCGUGGGGAGCUGAUGGGACUGCUGUACUGCGGUGGCAGCAACGCGGGGAGCCCCAAGAGCGGAGGCAUCGUGAGGAGAGAGGACACAUACCCCCUGACCCGUCACCAGGCCCAGCUACUGCUCUUCGUCUCUUCCGCAGGCAAACGUCUGGAGCUGCUGUGUAACCCUCAGCUUUUCUCGGCCAUCUGCGAGCUCUCUCCGGAUGACCUGGUGGUGGUGAAGCACAAAAAGGGACAUCUGCCAGGGAUGGUGAAGAACCUGAUGCAAAUUGGGAGGAAAGAGAACAAAGACGACUUACACAUGCUCGGCUUUGAGGUGGAAUUCGUGGACAGCGACCACAACUUUUCAUCCAAGAAACCCGCACCUCUGCCCUUGUACAGUGCUGCAGACAUCAUCCAGGUGGUCACAUCUUAUUCUGUACCCCUCGGACUUCACUGGAAAGACGGCCAAUGUGGGGGUCUAAACAGAAAAGCGGUGACACGCAUCAACUCCAUGCCCAAUAUAGGAUCUCGUGCGUAUCAAGUGAGAGAGAACCAUACAGAGCAGAGUGUCAUUCAGAGCCAUAAUCUGAGCACAUCUCAUGUGCUCCUGGAGGUGGGAUCCAUGGUGGAGGUGGUGUCCAACUCUGGGAUCACAGUAUACGGGGUCAUCCGGUGGUUGGGGGUCCCUUCAGGAAAGACUGAAGAAUGGGCUGGGAUUGAAUUGGACUAUGACGUGAACGGCUGCUCUGAUGGAAAGUAUGGAAGCCAGCGAUAUUUCACCUGCAAAGGGAACAGAGCUUUGUUUGUUCCUGUCACAAAGUGCAGUCCUGAUAGUAGGUUCGUCUGCUCCUCUACAGGAACGGAGACCUCAAAACCCACUGAAACACUUCCAGUUCCUCCUUUUGAGGAGUCAGAGGAGAAUACACCACCUAUCCCUGAGUCAGAGGCAUUGUCUUUGUUAGUGGGAAGAAUGAAGGGGAUUCAGGGCCACAUCAACUCCUGUUAUCUUGAUGCCACACUCUUCAGUUUGUUCAGCUCAUCUGUGACCCUGGAUAAUAUCUGGCAGAAACCUGCUGACACAGAGCAACCCAUAACCUGCACUCUGAGAAAAAUAGUCAACCGUUUACGCAGACAAGGAUUUGUGCCUGCUGAGAGCGUGAUGAAUUUCCGCAAACAGCUUGGCUGUGACACCUUUCAAACAGAUGAAAAGGACCCAGAGGAGUUCAUCACAGUUCUAUUUCAGAAGGUGCUUUGCAUGGAGCCACUGCUCAAGCUCAGAUCAAGACGAGAAACGUCUCAGGGUGCCUACACCUUUCAGAUAUUUCUAGAAAAAGAGCAGAUGGGAAAGAUGCCUACAGUCCAACAGCUGCUGGACACAUCCUGCCUGUCAGGUGACCUUAAGUUUGAAGAAAUGCCAUCCUGUCUAAUGGUUCAGAUGCCAAGGUUUGGAAACAAGUAUAAGAUGUUUUCUCACAUCAUUCCCUCCACUGAGCUGGACAUCACAGAUCUUCUGUACAACUCUCCGAGAGAAUGCUUUGUCUGUGGGCACUUGGCAGCGUAUGAGUGUUUUCAAUGUCUACCAGAUCGCAAACUGCAGCCAGGGAAAAUCAAACAGUACUGCUCCACCUGCAACACACAGGUGCACAGUCAUCACACGCGGCAGGAUCAUUCCCCCAAAGCUCUAGAGGUUCCAGCAGAUGUAGCUCCUGACAUCCCUGUGCCCAGGCACAAGAUGCAGCUGUUUGCGGUGCUCUGCAUUCAAACCAGCCACUACGUGUCUUUUGUCAAAUAUGGCCCUGACCCCCACUCCUGGCUCUUCUUUGACAGCAUGGCAGACAGAUGUGGUGACGAUAAAAGUGGCUACAACAUUCCGGAGAUCCGAGCUUGUCCGGAGCUGGGUGACUUCCUGUCCCAGCCGGAGGAGGAGCUGGCUCAGGCCAACCCCUCCCAAGCUCCUGAACUAAUGCGCAGGCUGCUGUGUGACUCUUAUAUGUUUUUAUACCAGGACCCAGCCACACCACUUUCAAACCCAAACCAUCAGGAGCCUUAAAUGCAUGUGUGGACAAGGACACAAUGUUCUCAUAACAGUGCCUUAAUAACCUUGCGUCCCUGCUUAAUCAGUGAGAUAUUGUGUUGGUUAUUACAUCCAAAUAGCAGGAACUGAAAAGGGUGCUUUUAACAUCAUGGAAAGAAACACUAUUUUUGACUAGAAAUCCAAUAUUAUAGUUUGGAAAUCUGACUUUAUUUGAUCAUUAGUUAAAGCUGCUGUUUAACUGCAAGUAGAGAAUGAGCAGGAGAAAGUAUAACACUGCACUGUAUUUAUCAUCCUUGCCUUCUUUAUCUCUUGAAUGUCCUGUUGUUACAUGUAUUAUUUAUACUCUUUUUUUUUUUUUUUCAAAGGAAACUGUAGCAUAUAAAUGAUUUUCAUGACUUUAUUCUUACUUGUUAUUUUGACUGCUAUUAGUAAAUUAAAGUUCAAGUCCGUUUAAGCACUUGGUGAUAUGUUUAUAUGGUGUUACAUAAUUUUAACUCUAGAUUGUCACUAAUGACCUAAAACACUCAGCCUCCCCGAUUAUAUAAACUAUGUUUCUUCUUCGUUAUUGUUGGGGGGGGGGCUGUCACACGAAAAACAAGAGGUGAAAGUAAAUGAUUUGUUGUAUCUUAUUUAUUGUAAAUACUGCACUGUGUGCAGAUAUUGCCAGUGCACAUUUCUGGAUCUGUAAUGUAAUACUUUUUUCAAUGAAAAUUUAAAAUAAAUUGCAAUGGGAAAUAGGCUAA